CAUGUGCGUGGAUUCACCGGGGGUGCACAAUGGAGGCGGACGUCCACAGACUUGAGUGGCCUCAAUACUAGAAGACCCCCCCGACGCCUCUCGGAAAGCGCUAGUUUGAACACCGGUGUUAUGAAAUAACCGCACCGGCUCGAGCGAGCAGCGGCGGUGACGCCGACCACAGGCGGCUUGACUUGAAGCCAGAAGGUGCUGAGUAACUGCCUGGUUCACCUGGCCUGGUCUUCUUCGACCAGCUCCGCUGACCGGCCUCUGGUUUUCUUCUCCGCCGCCCCCCGCCCCCCCAUGUCUUUGUCCGAAAGAGCAGCGGAAUAAGAACCGAUAACUGCCAGGGAAAAUGUCAGAGGUCAACAUACCGAAGCGCAAGGAGAAGUGUGAGAACUGCACCAAACAGUGCAACAAGAAACAGAGCGGCGAUGGCGUCAACUCUCCCCCGGAGCGAGACGAAGCCAACGGGCAGGUGCACGAAGGAUCCCAGUUGCUGCUGAGUGCCUGUCUGUCCUGUGACGGCUGUCUGUCAGAGGAGGAGAGCCUGAAAAUCUCUCAGCAGAGCCUGGAGCAAGUGGAGCGGGUUCUGGCCCUCAACAAGAAGUGCGACGUGUCGAAGCACAAGGUGCUGGUGGCGUCGGUGUGUCCGCAGUCUCUGCCUUUCUUUGCCGUCAAGUUUGGUCUGGACGUCACCGAGGCCGCCCACAAGCUCUGUGGCUUCCUCAAGAGUUUAGGAGUGCAGUAUGUGUUCGACACCACUCUGGCGGCAGGCUUCAGCAUCUUGGAGAGCCAGAAGGAGUUUAUUCAGAGGUUUCGCAGAAGGCACCACGACUCCCACGCCUUGCCCAUGUUCACCUCCUCCUGCCCAGGGUGGAUCCGCUAUUCCGAGCAUGUCCUGGGCAGUCUGGUCACCCCUCACAUCUGCACAGCCAGGUCUCCUCAGCAGAUUAUGGGCUGCCUGGUCAAAGACUACUUCUCCAAACAGCAGAAGCUGAGUCCGGGUGACGUCUACCACGUGUUGGUGGCUCCCUGCUUUGAUAAGAAGCUGGAGGCCGUCAGAGAGGAGUUUUACAACGGCCUGCUGGAGGCCAGAGACGUGGACUGUGUCCUCACCUCAGGUGAGAUCUAUUACCUGAUGGAGCAGAGGAAGGUUUCAGUGGAGGAGCUGGACUCGGUUCCACUGGAUCACGUGCUGGGAGAGGCCGGAGACGCGGUGGUGGUGAGGCACGAGGGCCGAGGGUCCGGGGGCUUCCUGGAGCACGUCUUCAAGCGCGCCGCCAAGGAGCUCUUUGGUCUGGACGUCCACGAGGUCACGUACAAGUCCCUCAGGAAUCGAGACUUCCAGGAAGUGACCCUGGAGCGGGACGGGGAAACUCUGCUGCAGUUUGCCGCCGUCUACGGCUUCAGGAACAUCCAGACCCUGGUCCACCGAAUGAGAAAGGGACGCGUGCCCUACCAGCUGGUGGAGGUUCUGUCCUGCCCAGGAGGAUGCUUGAGCGGCCGCGGCCAGGCAGAGAGCGAUGCGAGCGGCCGGGCGGAUAAAGACCUCGUGCAGCAGAUGGAGGAGGCCUACAGCAGCCUGCCAGUCAGUCUGCCGGAGGUCAACCCCGCCCUGCACACCCUCUAUCAAGACUGGCUGCAGGGCCAGGACUCCCCGCAGGCCAGCGAGCUCCUGCACACCCAGUACAGAAGUCAGAGCCGCACACAGCCCCCACACAUGCAGUGGUGAGGCGGCCGGGGGCGGGGGGAGUUUUUGCUGUAGAGACAGAACGAGCGUCGCCCCUGGUUCAGUCCGAUUCCGCUUGGACCAUCGCGUCGGUCGCGUCGGUCGCGUCGGCGCCAUGAAGGACGAGCCGAGGGUCGCACUCGGGACCAGUGAGUCUCAAUGGGCGCAUGUCUUCCAUGAGGCCACAGGGGGGCAGUGCCUGCAUUUAACAUUGGUGGAUCUCCUCUGACAAACCUGCAACUGACUACUGGCGUCACUCCACAGAGCAAUAAGCGCCCCGAAGGAGACCUAUGUGGAGCUUUUUAAGCACGACUGGAAGUUAAUGAACAAACCUGCUGAAUGCUCAUUAAUGCGUGUUCCAGAAGUCAUCCGCCCAAUAUGAAACAUGUUGUGUUACUGUGUGUUAAAGUUGACACUCGACAACCUGACGGUGAGUGUUUGCGUACGCCCAGUGUUUGGCUUACACGUCCCAGUGAAGAAUUCCAGUCAUUGUGUUGUUUUUUGAACGGGUACAAGAUGGCUUUAUUUGUAUCGUCUCCUUGUUCCCAUUCCGCUGUCUAGUUCUAUGUUUUACUUUUUUGUUUUUUAUGUAUACCUCAAAACUUGAGCCAAUGUAACCAAAGUGUACCCACGUGGCUCAAUACAACGAGGUGUGUGUGUGUGUGUGUGUGUGUGUGAGAGAGACACAGACAGACAGACAGACAACAAUCACUUGAUUCAUUGAUCAAGAAAUCUAAUUGAAUUCACACUUUUUAUCAUCCAAUUCUAAACGAUUAAAAAUUGCCCAACA